AGUGCCGCCGUGGCUCGCGAAGAACUUCGUGCUCAUGAUCACUCACCGGAGCGACUCGACUUCAGAACCGCGCCUUAUGUUGCUAGUGACGCUCGUAACUACUACUCGUCUAACGCCAGUCCGAGCUACACGAGAAAGUUUGACGAGAAUCAGUCGUGGGCGUCCGAGCCGCGACGUUUCGAGGUGUACAAGACCAGGGCUGAGCGAGACGCCGAGAGAAACGUUCACGCACCCAAUGGCGCUCCCUCCUACCGCCCAGCCUCGUACUACUCGACCGCAAGCGAUCGCCCACUGACCCACCUCUCUCUCGCGCCUAUAGAAAGCAAGCAUUCGUUCAAAGUUGACGCAUACUGCACUGCCCCGAGCAACGACCCAUAUCGAACCAGAUCGAGGACCAGUUCCUCUUACAAGAAAAUACCGUACGAGUUCCGUCCAACAGCUCGGCGAUUCUUCAAGAGCGAGACCGAUAGGCCAUACAUUCGCACUCGCUCGAUGGAUAGAAAACAAGGGUUUGGAGAAGACUUUGACUAUGCAGCGCAGCUCAGAAGUAGACACAUAACACCGGAACCGGUUGCUGAUUAUGCCUACGUGAACUAUCAUGACACAUCAAACGGUAGAGCUAGCGCUGCCAGAGACGAAAAGGGACAGCCAAGAAGCAUUCUGAAGAAUAAGCAGAGUGUUGAUGUCGAGCAGCGAGGUGGAGGCGACGAGGCUGGCAGUCGAGGAGAAGGAAGCAGUGGUGUCGGGCCGGUGCGCUCGGUUCGUGUGCUGUGCCCCUAUCCUUUAGUUCCUAAUCUGUUCCCUCCCUCUUUGUGUCCUGAAGGCAGUGCUUCUGCUCCAAUCUGUGGUCACAUUUCUGUUAAAGGCAAUCUUGUGGAAACGCAUCGACCUCUCAACAACUAUAUUAUGAACGCCUCACUCGAUUACUUG